UAGAAAUAUUGUGUCGUUUUUUUGUUCAAGAGUAAUGAGAAACUUUUUAAAAGACCUAAAAAAUGAUCGUUUUUAUAGAGAGGAUACUUCUAUGGAAAAUCUCAUAUUAAACUAACCUGACCAUUUCUUUUUCAAACGUCCUUUCAACAUAAAGUAGUUGUUGAUUUUUCCAAAAAUGAGUAUUGACGGAAUAUGAAAAUUGAGGUGCGUCAAGUCCGCAAUAUUUAGUUUCGAAUAGCGAGAGUGAAAAUACAAAAAUUUUCCGUCCAAUCCAAUUUUUUGUACUUUUCAAAGACUAUCUCACUACUCUCGAAUAAAACGAAAUCGAUAGAAAAUUUCUAAAUAGAAAAAAUUCUAGCCCUAAAUCAUAGGUUUUUAUCCGUCAGAAAUACUUUCUAACAAGUCAAAAAUGAAAGAACCUCUUGUCUGUAUAAAAUGAUAUUCUAUUUCAGGUAUAUUCAACGAUCAAUAAAUGAAAUAAGUUUAGCUGGUUUACUUAUUUCAAUUGUUCUUUGUAGAAUACAAUAUAAUAUGGCACCUAUGACUGAUAAAUAUCUUCAUAGAAAUAGUCUAAUCUACAUUAGAAAAUAUCUCAUCACUAUUUCAAUAUUUACAUACAUCUAUAACACAACGAAUUAUUUCAUUAUUUAAUGCACUUUCACCUAAACAUUCAAAACUAUUAGAUCUUAUACAACAACAAUUUCGACUAGAACAUACAGCAUCAUCAUCAUCAUCAACAACAACAAUAACAAAUAAUAUCUUCAAUAAUAGCAUAAAAUGA